UUUACAAAUUGGUGUAAUGUUUUCUUAUCACAAAGAAAUCAAAGGAUUGAAGAUCUUCAAACUGAUUUUGGUGAUGGUGUAUAUUUGGGUAAUCUUUUAGAGAUUUUAAGUGGCAAAAAUGUAAUUGUUUCAAAGAUAAAAAACAGAGAUACCAUGUCAAGACUUUUGUAUAUCAACAACCUUAAUGUCUCUCUUAAAUUUAUUCAUGAUGAAGGAAUUAAAACAGUUGGUCUCGGUAGUGAAGAUAUUGUGGAUAAAAAUUUAAAGUUAAUUAUGGGUUUGAUUUGGACAUUAAUUUUAACUUAUCAAAUUCAAAUAUUGGGGUCAAAAAACCCUCAAAAUGGUAGUUGUAAGUUUCAAUUAUCUGAAAAUUAUCCACAUAUUCAAGUUAAUGAUUUAACAAAAAGUUUUCAAGACGGUUUAUUAUUUUGUGCACUUGUUCAUAAAUUAGUACCAGAUAAAAUUGAUUUUGCUUCGUUAAAUAGUUCAAAUCCAUUGUAUAAUCUUCAAUUAGCCUUUGAAACAGCCAACAGAGAAUUAAACAUUCCAUCAAUUUUAGAUCCACAAGAUAUUUCCACUCAACCUGACGAGAAAUCAAUUUUAACAUAUAUUUCAUUCUUUCCAAAAGUUUAUCAAGAAAGAUUAGGAGAUUCUGUAUCCUCAUUUUUUUCACCAUCCAAAAGAAAUUCAAUUCAAUCAGAAAAAGAACAGGCUCAAAAGGAUAUUGACAGUAAACAAUCAGAAUUAGAUAGUUUAAAUGAUUUGGUAAAAUCAGCUCAAGAUGAAAUUGAACGUUUAAAGGAAACUUUAAAAUCAACAGAUAAUGAUACACAAAAAUACCAAUCCAAAUAUGAAGAACUUGAACGAUUAAAUCAAACUAUUCAAGAUGAAAAUAAGAGAAUUUUAGAGGAUAUUGCUCAAUUAACUAAACAACAAUCAGCCACCAAUAGUGAGUUUGAAGAAAAGCAAAAUAAACUUUUCAGUGAAAUCAAAGAAAAAGAUGAAUUGAUUGAAAGAAUUAAUAGUCAAUUACAAUCUGGUUUAGAAUUACAAACCAAAUAUGACAGUAUUUUGGUUGAACUUAAUGAUAGUAAAGAGCAAAAAUCAAAUUCGGAAAAAGAAUUUGAAAAGGUUAUUGAAAAUCUUAAAUCAACUAUCCAACAACUUCAAGAAGAAAAUAAAUCAUUGGCUUCAAAUCAAACCGUUAGUGAAGAUCAAUUCAAAGAAAAGGAUCAAUUAUUAAAAGAAAAGGAUCAAUUGCUUAAUGAAAAAGAUAGUAAAAUCAAUGAAAUUACUCAAUUAAU